AUGACCCACAUAGCCGAGGUGGCGCUCACGCCCUCGCACCUGGCUCUAGUGCUAGACUACGAGGAAGGUGGCAGCGUUGCAGAGUUUGUGGCGCAGCAGGCACCAGAACUCAUAGAGAACCGCGCGACCCACGCCCCUUACGACCCAGUCGAGGUGGAUGUGUGGGCGGCAGGCAUCUGGCUUGUAGCUCUUCUUUUCGGGGCAUUUCCCUAUGACAAUAGGCCAAACGUGGACGACGUUCAAGCGGAGAUGCAAAUACUGCAUCAGGAGAGGAGUGGGGCCUGGUUUGAUAGCCGUUUUGUGGCACCCUACAUAAACCAGCUGUCCCCUGAGGCUUUUGAUCUUCUGAAUCACAUGCUUGUGGAUGCUGAGGAGCGCAUCGACUUGGCAGGCCUCAAUGCUCACCCGUGGAUGCGCAAGCCGCUGCCACCCCACCUGGAGGCCGCCCGGCGCCGCAUCCGCCACUCCCAGCUGAUGCUGGAGCGCCGCCUGGCAACCCUGGUUCCCGACCACGAUUUGGUGCACCAGCGCACGAGCCGCGUGUAUGACCUGGUUCGGGAGGCUGCAGUGGGUCCUGAACACUGGGAACAGAGCCAUGAGCGACUGGUGCAGGCCUGCCGCAGUUUGUCCCUGGCAGAUUGCAGCAGCCUGCCGCAGGCUGUGCGUCUCAACAUGCGUCCAGAGGCUGUGGCACGGAGGCUGUCGGAAAGUGCGCUGAGCCUGCUGGACUCGCCGCUGGAAGCCUCGCCGCCGGGCACCCCAACACGUUUCAGCCUGCCCCUGCACCCCAUCGCCUCGGAUGUCUCGCUGAGUAGCAUGAUGCCCAAGGGCGGAGACAUCCCAUCAACGCCGGCCUCGUCGGAGUUGCAGCAGGCGGGCAUCAGCAAGGGCGGUGCCAGCGCUGGCGGCAGUAAUGGGGAUGGCGAGGGCCUGCGCCAGCUGUCUCCCUUUCUGGCCACGCCUACCGAGCCUUCAGGAGCACCGUAG